AUGGGCUCUGGCCGGAGACCCCGAGCUUCGGCACCUCCAAGUGCGAGUACCCUGAGGAUCCGUCUUCCCCAAGAAAGGUCUACCCAUGCUACGACACCCAGGGCUCGUCCAACUCGGCAAUGUCGUUUCAGCGCCACGAGUGGGAGAAGCACGGGCAAUGCGCGGGCGUGGACGAUGCCGACGACUUCUUUCGGCAGGUCUGUGCUCUUUCGGAGGGUCCACUGCAGGCCGGGGAAGGUUUUUUCUUUUUGA